AUGAGUUUGCUGCUCAGCAUUCUCACUCACACUCAGUGGUGUCAGCCUUUCUAUCCAUUUGGCAAGUGUGACAGGCUGGUCUUACCCUCCUCCUCCCAGCAGUUCAUUCUCUGGCCCAGGGACACCCCUGGGGCUAGUAUCACUGGCGGUGGACCUGCUGCCUCACCUCUGCAGCUUCAAGGAGCAGGCCUGAGCGAUCGCGGCUUCCUGGCAGUGGGUUGGACAGCUGGUGAUGUGAAAAUCAGUAAAAGUCAACUGGGGGAUGUGAGUGGUGGCUGUGUCUUCUUCGUUCCCUCAUCGGCUGUGGUAGCCCCAGCCCCUGAGUCAGGGGACCUGGCUCACCAUCGUCACCCACCAUGA